GAUACUCAUUUUGCCUAUCUCAUAAAGUUUGCACUUGUGCAUCUUUUAAGAAGAUCAACUCAAGCAGAAGGAUGUUAAGACUCAAAACAUCUAGAUAUUUCUAAGAAGGAUUUGUCUACUUUUCCAGGCUAUUUAGCUGUAUUAAAGAAAUGAUGGCAGAUGACUUAGACAAAUCUAUUGAAGAACACAAGGCCAAGUUUGCACAAGAUAAGGCAGAACUUGAAAAUGAUCCACCUUACAUGGAAAUGAGGAAUAAGGAAUCAGAGAAGCUUUCUGAGACUAGGAAAAUGUUAAUUUCCAUGGCUAAAGAAAAUAUACCUCCGAAUAGUCAACAGAACUAUCCUUUAGGUGACUAUGGCAUGAGUUUACCUCUUGGAGAGGAAUAUGAACGAAAAAAACAUAAACUCAAAGAGGAACUCCGAGAAGAUUAUAGGCGAUAUCUUUCUCAGGGUAUAUCACAGGCAAAAAGAAAGAAAAAUUAUCUGACUACUGGUGAAGUAGAUCCAUAUACUCAGGGAUUAUCUCUUCCUAUUGAUGAGCGAAGAUCUGCCAAGGAGAAAUUACGACUUGAAAGAAACAAGGAGUACAAUCAAUAUCUCAGGGAUAAAGAAGAAUGGAAUGAAAGGCUAAGGAAAUUAGGGAAGAAAAACAGAGAGAAUGAGAUGGACAGGAAUAAAAAAGCUGUUGCUGUUACCAGGCUCAAGCCAGAUCUACGUACAGAAGUACAGCCCUUUAAUACAGGUGCAGAACCUCCCAAGAAGGAUGCCUUUACUUCUACAGAAGAUUAUGAAGAGCUGCAAAAUAAGAGAUGGCUGGAGGAAGACAGGUACCACAGGUUAGAUGAUGAGGUUGAAUUAAGAAGUCGACUAUUAAAUAAAAGACUCGAUGCAGAUUUGGAUGUUCCCAAUGAAAGACAUCAUGGAUUUGCUAGCCAGUCUGUAAUUCCUAUUAGGAAGCAUCACAGACUUGAUGAAGAUCGUGAUUUUGGUAGAAGAUACUACAGAGCGGACUAUGAUCCUGAGAUAAGUGAAGAAACGGACCCUAGAUUUAGAUGUGAAAGCAACUAUGACAGAAGAACUCCCCGGGUUUUUCAUGCUGAAAGAAAUCAGGUACAGAUUCAUCCUUCAGCUAAUGAGGAGGCCAGGUCUGCAGCUGAAAUGCAGUAUAGAACAGGCCUUGUUCUUGGUGGUCAGGACCGAGAACUUCUCCAAAGGAGAAAGGAGAAAUACAGGCGAGAGCUGAUGGAACAGAUGGCUGAGCAACAGCGAAAUAAAAGACGUGAGAAGGAACUUGAGCUCUUAGUUGCUGCUUCUGGAGCUCAUGACCCAGAAAAGAAGCCAAAUAGACUGAAGCAGUUUGGCUUCACAGCAAGAGCUUCUGAAGAGAAAGUACCUCCUGAAAGGCCCAGGGUAGCUUUCCAAACUCCAGUGCCUGCCCCUUCAGCCUCUCCAGUGAAUGAAGACUUUCAGAGUGAUAAAGACUUUCCCAGAGGGCUAGCCAGCACUCUUGGUGAAAUAGCAGCUCCCAGGCUUGCACCAUUGCCACCGCCUCCAGCACCAGUUCUGACAGACAACUAUAGAACACCUUAUGAUGACGCAUAUUACUUUUAUGGGGCUAGGAAUCCUCUGGAUCCCGCUCUUGCAUAUUAUGGUACCAGUAUGAUGGGAAUGCAGCCUACUCCUAAUCUGGAUCCCCCUUUAAAUCAAGCCCCAGCAGAGCAAUCUGUAAGUAACAUUGGACAGAGGAAUACAGGAGACAAACAAAGAAGCAUAGGAAUAUUUUCUGAAGAAAAAACACAGCCUUCCAAAGAGGCAACAUUAUCUUACCAACAAGAGUUACAACAGCAGAUAAGAGAGAGAGAAGAGCGGCGCAGGCAGGAGCGAGAGGAGAAGGAGCGCUAUGAAGCCAAGUUAGAAGCAGAAAUGAGGAAUUACAACCCCUGGGGAAGAGGUGGUGGUGGUGCUCCUCUCAGAGAUGCAAAAGGAAAUCUGAUAACGGACUUGAAUAUCAUGCACAAGCAAAAUGAAGAUGCAUAUCAUAAUCCAGAGGCAAGACUAUAUGAAGAUAAAAGGGCUCUUGUAGCUGUUGACCUAAGUUUGGCCUCCUCAAGACCUGAGAACACAGAAGCAUCUACAAAUAAAAUAGCAGGUUUUACAUUUGCACAGGCCUCUCCUUUUGCUCGAGGUAAUGUGUUUGGUGAACCACCAUCUCCACGGUAUCUGAAGCGACAGGAGUCAUACAAGAACUUUCUUCGUCUACAGAUUGAAGAAAAGAGACGUAGGGAAGAAGCAGAACGAGAAAAACUUAGAAUGGAAGAAGAAAAAGAGGAAAAACGACUAGCGGAACAGAGGAUGAGAAUUCAAAAAGCAUAUGAAGAUGAACAAGAAGAGAAAAGGAAGAAAGACGAGGAGCGAAGAUUGAAAAAUAAAGAAAUAAUUCGAUUGGAUGAAGAAAGGAAAAAAGAGGCAGAAAAAAAAAGAAAAGAAAAAGAAGAAAAGCAAGAGGAACAGCUUAGACAAUAUUUUGAGAAAGAAAAGAUGGAAGAGGAAAAGAAGAUGGAUCCUGCACAGCCAAGAGUUCCUUCUCCACCUGUCCCUGCUAGAAGAAAUCAGUUGCGUUCAUUAGAGGAAAGAAAGAACGUGAUAAAUGAAUUAUCAGAGAUGAGGAAACAGCUUCGUAGUGAAGAAAGGCGGCUGCAGGAACAGUUGCUAAAUAUGGCCACUGAUGAUGAUGUACCAAUUACACGGAGGAGAGACAAGAAUCCAAAGGAUAUAUUUGAGAAGGCCAGGCUUCGCCUGCAGGCCCCAGUAAGGCGACCUUCAUCAAAGGAGGCACAAGAUCCUGUCAAUAUACAGAAUAUCUGGGAAUUUAAUGAACUUAAAUACAAAGAUUCUGAAUCGCGUAUUGGCUUGAGGCACAUGUAUCCUGAUCCUCCAAAAGAUGACCAGACUCUAGAGAUUCAACAGCAGGCACUGUUGAGGGAGCAGCAGAAGAAACUUGACAGAAUAAGAAUGAGGAGAGAAACAGAAGAUGACUCUGCUUCUGACAGCUACCCACAAACCAUGGGACUGUUCAGGAAUGAAUCUAAUGAAUUCUUGAAGAAUUCACUGUUGGAAUCGGAUAGCGCUUUUAUCGGUGCUAAUGGGGAAACAUUUCCUGCCUUAGAAGAAGUUAAUUUAUUACCACCACUUCCAUCUUCUGCAAGGGAGAGGAGACGAAUGAAGCAGAAAACUUUGGAGCGUGCUGAGGAUGUUCCAGCAGCCCAGACACCGCUGCUGCAGCCUGACAGCCUUAGUUUGCACUCAGAUUUCAGCCUCGACAUUGAUCAGAUGAAAGGCAAGAAUGAGGAACGAUUGCACAGACUGACUGAGCUCCAGCAGAAAUCUGCUUACUUGGGUGAUGACAUUUCCUUAGGAGAUGUGGAUGAUCUUUUGAAGCGCCCUCCGUCCCACACGGGCAGACGCCCCAGUUCUGUCGACACGGUCGCGACAGAGCCCUGGCUGCGACCAGGAACUUCCGACACGCUCCAGAGACUGAUGGCUGAACAGUCACAUCCAGCAAAGCUGCCGCCGGAGAACACGCUCCCCCUCGGUUGGCAGGGCCUCUCCACCGCGCACGGCUGACUCCGGCCUGUGGGAACCAGCUGUGCCUUGCGGCCAACGAGGGACCAUCCAGCACUACCGCACUUUCCAGGGUCUCCUGGAGGGAGAGUUCUCUUCCAUGUACAUAGUGUGGAGUUGUGCGUCUGUGUAAUUUAAAAUAGCAAUAAUAAAGAUUCAGACACUGCAGUGUAAUGGAGAAUGUAGCAUAGGGAUGUUUUCUAUUCCAUGACGUGGGAAGUGGGGGAAUAGCUUGUCAGCUUUUGCACUUUUUAUACAACUUGGUUUCAGCCUCAGAGCUGGACUUACCACAAAUACAGUGUGGGGCGUGUGUGAAUUUAGUAUGAAAUCAAAGUUAUUUUUUAGCUUUAUAGUCAAACUCCAAAACUGUCUGGAAUUAGAGUAACCCAAGAGCAGAGGGGCAUUAGGUUUUUACCAAAAGAGUGAGUAACUUGGAGAAGGACCCUUGCUUUUCAUACCUUGUGCAUGGAAGGGCAGAGAACAUUUCAAUGAAAAAAAAUUAUUAUUAGCAAUGUGUCGUAUGUUCCCUAACUUAUGUGCUGAAAAGACAGAAAUUGUUGCAAAUAUUUAUGUUUCUGAUUGAAUGAAGAGUUAAAAUAAAGUAUUUUGUUACUAAAA